AUGGCCGAAGCUUCCCAGCAAGAUGACCUCGCCGAGAUCCUCGCCGAGGCGAGCCAGCAGCAGCAGCAGGACCCCACCAACAUCGUGGCGCGCCUGAAGCGGGCGUACGUCAACGAGAAGAACGCCCCAGAGCUCCUGCCGUUCGAACACGACCUGCUGGAGCAGGUGAUGGCCAAGGUGGAGGACCAGGAGCUGGUGGUGCAGCAGAGCAGGGAGGCGGCGGCGGCGGCGGGAGGAGGUGGUGGUGGUGGCGGCGGCGGCGGGAUGGACGACCUCAUGGCGCACAUCUACCAAGCGGAGCUCAACAGGGUCCGGUUCUUGAUCCGCGCGUACUACCGCACCAGGCUGUUCAAGAUCGAGAAGUACGCGGUGCACGUGGUCAAGCCCGAGACGAACGAGUUCGCGAAGCUGUCGCCGCAGGAGCAGAAGUACGCCACCGACUACGUUAACAUGCUCGAGGAGCAUUUCGGCAGCGUGCUGGGCCAGAUGCCCGAGAAGUACUCCAGCAUGCUGCAGCAGAUCGAGGAGGAUGACGCCGAGAUGGACAUGGUGCCCGAGCCAAACCUCGACAAGCACGUGUUCUGCAGGGUGCGCGAGGACAGGCGAGACGUGAUGUUCGACCCGAACGACCCCGAUAACACCAUGGACCUGGACCAGGGUGACAUUAUCAUGGUGAGAUACAGGUUCAUCAAGGGCCUCCUCGAGGAUGGAGCCCUGGACCUCAUCUAG